UUGACGCAAUAUACUGAACUUUCACACGGAAAGCCAGGAGGGGAGUGAAAGCGAGAGUCAGGGCUGGGGCGCGGAGAGAAAGUUUGGAGGUUGCAGGGAAUGAAGUAGCAAGCCGUCGGAGUGUGGACCUUGCCAUUUGUUUUAUUUGCAAGAGAAGAGACGCAACGGAAGAGGAGCAAAAAAGAAGACUUUGCUUUGCCCCCUUUUCUUUUGGUCAAGCGUUGCAUCUGUCACCUUGGGGUGAGGGAGAGCUGGGCUGGCGGGGGUCUCAGCUAUUCCCCAAAGCAAGUGAGAGUCCCCCACCCCUCACUUCAUGCCAACAGAGUCAGAGGAGCUGGUUCCUGUAUCUCAACAACAACAAAAAAAACAAGCCCGAAUAAAGAGGAAGGCACUCCGGACGUGAGUAAGUGAGAGAAAAAAUUCCACAGCAGAAACCACGACGAUCAAAUUGAGCUGGAGACUUUAAGGGUGACCUCAUAAUGGGAAGAUAGCCCAGAAUUUGCUACUUUGACGCACAUAAACCUUGUCCUCAUGUUGACAGUAAGCAUGGAUGAACAGGAAGCCCUGAAUUCGAUUAUGAAAGAUCUGGCUGCUUUGGGCAAGUGCCGAAAGUUGCUAAAUUAUGACAUCAGCAAAAACAAUCAGAAUGAGGUGAGGAUCAAGUUUGAGCAUGAAGGAGAAAAAAGGAUCAUGCAGUUUUCUAGACCAGUAAAGUUGAAAGACAUGCUACAAAAGGUCAAUGAUGCCUUUGGACAACAAAUGGAGCUACACUUCAUUAAUAAUGAGCUUCGCACUCCACUACAAUGUCAGAAUGAAUUGGACAAAGCAGUUGAGCACUUGGACCUCAAUUCUAGCAUGAAAAGCCUGAGGAUUUUGGUUAUACCUCGAAAGAACAGCCAUGUGAACUGUAAAACCACAGAGAAGCUGCCUGAAAUUAGAAUGGCGAAAUCUAUGGGAGACUUGUUGGGGUCGUUGUAUAAGGGGAAUGAGCGGCAUCGGAAACUGUCAACAGGUUCCUUGCAUACUGGUCGUAGCUCGCCUCCACCUGGGAGUGUUCCUGAUGGGCAGCAGCAGUUUGCACGUCAAGGAUCUUAUGCCAGCAUCCAUAGUGAGGGAGAAUUCAUCCCAGAGACUUUGGAACAAAAUAUGUUGGACCCGUUCAGCAGUGCUGAAGCAUCGCUGUCUGGAAGUUGUCAGUCACUGGACAGAUCGAUAGACAGCCCAUCUUUUACCCAGCCUGGAGUUGCGAAGAGUUAUCCCGAUGAAUGCUUCAACUUUAAAGAACCUGCCAACCACUAUUCUGAAAGAGCAGGAAAAGGUGGGACAUACCCACGGCAGUAUCACGUCUCAAACCAUCGCAAGGAUUAUAGCGAUGGGAGAAGAACUUUUCCCCGGAGCUUCAUCCAUCAGGAAAAUCUUUUCCAGCUGGUUCCUUCCAGUAGGUCACACAGUGCCAAUGGGGACAGCAUGGGGAGCACCUUACAAUAUGAUGAGAACAGGACUAUUCGGUGGAGCAGUGAAGACAAAAAUUGCCUGAAAGUUCAUGACAGACAUUUGCCUUCAGUGUUAGCACCCCGAGCUCCCAUCAACUGGAGACUGGGCAAGUUCCUUGGACGAGGGGCAUUUGGAGAAGUUUACCUGUGCUAUGACGCGGACACAGGGAGAGAACUGGCAGUCAAGCAAGUGGCUUUUGAUGCAGAUAGCCAAGAGACCAGCAAGGAAGUCAAUGCUUUGGAAUGUGAAAUUCAGUUACUAAAGAACCUUCAUCACGACAGGAUAGUCCAGUAUUAUGGGUCGCUACGAGAUACAAUGGAAAGAAGAUUGUCCAUCUUUGUAGAAUAUAUGCCAGGAGGCUCUGUCAAGGACCAAUUGAAGGCUUAUGGUGCACUCACUGAGAAUGUGACGCGGAAAUACACCAGACAGAUCCUAGAAGGGGUUUCCUAUCUACACAGCAAUAUGAUUGUACACAGAGAUAUAAAAGGUGCCAACAUUUUGAGAGACUCUGCAGGGAAUGUCAAACUUGGUGAUUUCGGAGCCAGCAAACGUUUGCAGACUAUUUGUAUGUCGGGGACAGGGAUUAAAUCAGUCACUGGAACACCCUAUUGGAUGAGCCCCGAGGUUAUCAGCGGUGAAGGAUAUGGCAGGAAGGCAGAUGUCUGGAGUGUAGGGUGCACCAUUGUGGAAAUGUUGACAGAGAAACCUCCUUGGGCAGAGUUCGAAGCCAUGGCUGCCAUCUUCAAAAUUGCCACCCAGCCAACUAAGCCCCAGCUUCCAGAUAGUGUUUCAAACUCAUGCCGGGCAUUCCUGAAGCAAAUAUUCGUAGAAGAGAAACGGAGACCACCUGCAGAAGAACUUCUGAGACAUGCUUUUGUUCAGUAUAACCUCUAGUCAAGUGUUCAUUGGAGCUGUGAAGAGUUGUUACACCGCUGAGUAAGACUUUGAAACGACUCCCAACUCUUGUACAGCUCCUUCCAAAGAAAUUAUAUUUUAACCUUGUAUAUAUUAUUUGUAAAAAAAAUACACAAAAUGUAAAUCAAUGCAGUUGCACAUUCUGUUUUUUCCUUCUUGUGACACCCUCAUAUCUGUAAGCAAUCCCUGUAAUCUAUGGAUCUGAGUCAGUCACGAGAUAGAAAAACAGGAAAAAUCCACUAAAUCCUCAGAUUUUGCACUUACCUUUUUCAAAACAAGACUGUCUCAUCGUCCUGGAGUCUAAGAUGCAACUACGCAUUGCCUGUGACAUUUGAAUGAUGUCACGAUGUGACUGACAGAUUAUACGUCUUUACUGAAAGGAAGCUUGUCACCAAAAUGUCCCCAGACCCUUUAUCCAUUCUACAGCUCCAUGCUUGGGCAAACAAGGGAAAGAUGAGUCAGAUUUUUGGUUCCAGGAGCAAGGUUAACUGAUUUACCAAAACGUUUUGGCCUCGAACUGGAAUGCUCUCCUUUCCUUAUCCUUUUUUUCUAUUCAAUUACUAUCGGGCUGUAUAUAAUAAUGAAAUUUAAGUAUAAUGUUGUUUACUUGAGAGCCGUUUUGAAUUUUUGUAAAAAAAAAUAGUAAUCCUCCUUUCACUGGAUGGAAUUAAAGGAUCAUUGAAAUGCA